AUGCGACAAUCUGCGAAUGUCGCUGCUUCCGUCCUUUUCACAGCGGCUUCAGUCGUCACCCUCCUGUCCUUUCCUUUGGACGCUUCUGCAGCAGCAGAAGCGCCAGCUGAUCUUGCAGCAAUAUCAUCAUCCGCUUCUUUAGUGUCUCUUUCCCCAGGCGCUAUGACGUGGGACAGCCAGCAAACCCUAGCCCUGUCAUACUCAGGACCACUCGCUCGAAUCGCGGAUAUUACAGCUGCGGUUGAAACUGCACCAAAUACUGCCUUUCCUGCUGGUCAAUCAGCAAUUGACAACAUGGCAGCAGCGGGUCCCGUGAUUGACGGAGCGCAGCUUCUGGGCGGCGGGAAACGGGAGGCGAUGAUUCGUCAGCUGGAGAGUCUGGAGAGGGAGUAUGGAUGGCGUAUGCGUGUGCUGACUCGGUAUGCGCCUGAGCAGUUCGAGACAGAGGCCCUACGUGCAGUGUGGCAGGUAAGGGAGGCGGGCCCGACUAGUGGUGGUGGUGGAUAUCACAUCGCCCAGCAUCCUCAACUCACCCUUUAUUCCCACCUAUCUUACCAUCCCGACGACCGCACAGUCGUGGUGGUGGCGGACGUCACAUCACCCAACAUCCUCAACUUCUUUGCAGGAGACACUGUCAGGGAGAAGCUUCCCCGACAGUUCUUCAUCGAGCUACAAUCCCGGUACACCUCUCUAGUCGCCCACCCAUAUAGCUUUGGGAAUCAGUUUUAUGUGGCAGAGCAGGGCGAUACAAGGGCUGUCCAAGACGCCGUUGCCACGCUGCAAACCUGCCUCUUAAAGCCCUCCGGCUGUAACAAUGUGCCCGGCCUAGUAGACGACCUUUACUUCAUCACUCUCUCCACUGCAAUCCUCAGUGGAAUAGUUUUCGGAUUCGCUGCCCGCUUGGAACCUUCCGGAAAGGUGGAAGCCUCUUGGCAGUGGGUGCUACUUUUCUCCCCGCUGUGGCUGCUGCUGCUUGUGGCUUUUUCGUUUCUGCCCAUUACUGCCCGGACGGACGAUUUGGAGCCGUUGUUGAAGAAUGGGGCGGGUUUUCUUGCUGGGGCAGCUGCGAUUUAUUUGACUCCGAUUUUCGGGCAGUCUCCUGUGGCGAAUUGGGGCAAGGGGAAGGAGGAUGGGACUCGAAGUGGCACCCAGAGCGGUAGGGAUAGUGACUCUGAUGGGUUCUAG